AUGGUUGUCCAUUCCAAGAACGAAACCUUGAUGUGCAAGGUUUUUCCAUCCAGUUUAGGGUCUGUGGCGAUGAGGUGGUUUGAUGGUCUGAAGGUAGGUUCCAUCGGUUCCUUUAAGGAACUCACCCAAACGUUUGGGUCCCGUUUUAUUACGUGCAGCAGAGCUCCUCGUCCUUUGGCUUCUUUGUUAUCUCUGUUCAUGAGAGAGGGAGAAGCUCUGAAAACAUACUUGGACCGAUAUUGGGAAAUAUUCAACGAGAUAGAGGGUGAUUUUAAAGACGUGGCCAUCAGUACUUUCAAGCUCGGCCUGCCUGUUGAGCACGGCUUAAGGAAGUCUUUGACGGGGAAACCUGUUACCAGUAUACGUCAACUCAUGGAUCAGAUUGACAAGUAUAAGAGGGUUGAGGAAGACCAGCUGCAAGAUAAGGGGAAGGGCAAGGUUAUCCCUCAAGAGAUGAGGGAUUUCAGGUCGGAACGCUACAAUAAUAACAUGCCCCAACGAGAUUUUGCCAGACAAUCUGGGCUUGUAGCCCCACAAGUGGUAAACACUGUGUUCCGAGAACCGGUGCAUCAAGUUUUAGACAAGAUCAAGAAUGAGCCGUAUUUCAAAUGA